AUGUGUGAAGAAGUAAGUAAAAUAGCUUCAUCCUUCCUUAGUCAUGAUUCUAUUAACGAAGCUAUAGAUAGUUUGAGGUUUCUUGGAGAUGUUGGCGACACCGAUUUACAUGUUCUAGAGCGUAUUCUCCCACAUUGCACCGUUGACCAAUUGAUGCAUAUAGAGAACUCUUCCAAAGGAAGAGAUCUCACACCUGUAACUGACAAGCUGUGGAAAAACUUUUAUGAAAAAAAGUUUGGUAAAAAUGAUUCUGAUCUUGUGAUUAAGAAGAUGAAAUAUAAGAAAGAGUCAUUUAAAUGGAAGCAAUUAUAUGAGGCAAAGAUGGAGGCAUUAGAAAAGAAGGCAAUGGAAAUUGAGGCUCGAUAUAAACAAAAUUGUCAAAAGGAAAACGCUCGAAAACAAAGUCGUAAAAUAAUAUUUUGUGAGGACGUUUCUUCUUCGAACAAUAAGAAAAGGAGAUCUGAAGGAACUAUCAAGUCUGAAUGUAAUACCACAGAGAGUAAGAUUUUGAAGAAGCCAAAUAGAGAAGCACAAAUGUGUCAAGUUUCAUCUGGAGGGACAACCAAACCUGGACACCGUACUAAGCAAAGCAAGAUAUUGAAAAAGGCAAAGAGAGAAGCGUUGCAGUGUAUAGAGACGAAGAAUGUAAUAGCUUUUCGAAGAAAUGCAAUGCAGAAAUAG